UCUUGAAGUAGUUGCUACACUUGUUAAAUUCCAAAAACACUUAUGUAUAUGCAAUAUCUACAUUCCUGACAGCAAAAAAUUCACAAAACAAAAUCUCAUAGAUAUCAUAAGGCAACUCCCCAAACCAUUCUUACUUUUAGGCGAUUUUAACAGCCGAAACAUUUCAUGGGGAUGCUCCCACACUGACGACCGGGGAAAAGUGGUUGAAGAGUUGCUCGACGACGAGAACCUCUUUCUCCUUAACAAUAAUGAGCCUACCAGACACAACAUUGCCAACGGAACCUUCUCAGCAAUUGACCUUUCUAUCACAAACUUAAAUUCUGCAUCACUAUUUGAGUGGCAAGUACUAACAUCGUAUAACAGCAGCGACCACUGGCCAAUCGGAAUCCAAUUCUUUGACCAUUCUUCCCCCUCUCAAUCAAGCACCCAUUGGAACCUCCAGAACCCCAACUGGGAACUCUUCUCUGAAUUAAUAGAGCAUGACCUAAGCAACAAUCCAAUAGACUUCAAUUGUUGUGAUAAUCAGGUUGAAAUUGACUCAAUAGUUAAACUUUUCUCGGAUAUUAUCAUUGAAGCAGCCAAUAAAUCAAUCGGACUAAAAACCAUCCUUUCCUCUAGAAAAAAAAAUGUUCCUUGGUGGAAUAAAGAUUGUCAUGAGGCCAUACUAAACUACAAAAAGAAACUUAACCGCUACAAAAAAACCAAAUCAUGCCAAGACCAUAUACUCUUGAAAAAUGCAAGAGCCAAAUCUCGCUUCAUUACCAAGAAUAGCAAAACUCUUUCAUGGCAAGAAUUCACUUCCUCCAUAAAUCAAAAAACAUCAUCAAAAGUAAUAUGGAAAAAAAUCAACUCCGUAAAAGGAAACAAGUUCAAAACAAUCCCCGACAUAUUAUACUACAACCAAGAUAAAAUUGUCUCUACUCCCAAUGCCUCUGAAUCUUUUGCACAUUUCUUUCAAAAGAAUAACAGCGACGAAAACUACGACCUCGACUUCAUUUCACACAGAAACGCCAACAAUAAGGUCCCAGAAUUUAGUCAAACAAAUGCACACUACAACCUUUGCUUUGAUAUAUCUGAACUUUCCUCAACAUUACAAUCUUGCACCAGCAAGAGCCCUGGGCCCGACAAUAUACCGUACAUUUUCCUCAAAAACCUACCUGCAAUAGGAACUCAAACACUUCUUCAUAUAUACAACAUCAUAUGGACAAAAGGUCUCUUUCCUAAUCAAUGGAGAAACGCUAAUGUAAUACCCAUUCCUAAACCGGGCAAAACCAAAUUCGAAAUCGAAAAUUACAGACCAAUAUCGCUGAUUAGCACUUUAAGCAAACUUCUUGAAAAAAUGAUAAACAAACGCUUAAUUUGGGUCCUAGAAUCAGAAAACCACCUCGUCAAAGAACAAUGUGGCUUUAGACGUAACCACUCGACACUCGAUGCAUUAUCCAUAAUACACACAGAUAUCUGCUCCUCUUUUAGGAGCAACCAGCACCUUAUCACAAUAGCCCUUGACAUAAAAAAAGCAUAUGACACCGUAUGGAGAAAUAGAGUAAUAUCAAUUCUUCACAGUUGGGACCUCAAUGGAAACCUCCUAGAAUUCAUAAAAAAUUUUCUAGACAAUCGUAAGUUUUGUGUAAAAAUCAAUAACCACCUAUCUUCCUCUCAUGACAUCGUUAAUGGACUACCUCAAGGGUCUGCACUCAGCGUGACUCUUUUCUUAGUUGCCAUAAAUGACAUCUGUAAAAACCUCCCAAAGCCCGUGAAAUACAUUCUUUUCGCCGACGAUUGCAAUAUUUACUGCAGUGGGUCUCAAAUCGAAACAACCUCUCAUUUCCUUCAACUGUCACUGAACGCCCUCACCAAAUGGUCAACAGAAUCAGGUUUUUCGUUCUCUCCAUCUAAAACACAGUGUAUCAUCUUCAAUAAAAGGAAAAAAGACCCUCUACCUCUUAUCACUUUCAUGAAUACCCCUCUGACAUUUACCAGCAAUAUUCGAAUUCUGGGUCUCACGUUCGAUGACAAACUAAGCUGGCGCCCUCACUUGACAAAACUCAAAGCAGACUGUUUAUCUAAAAUGAAAAUUAUAAAAACAAUCGGUAACAAUACAUGGGGAUCUGAGACAAAAAGUCUUCUCAGGAUCUACAAGUCUCUUAUUCUCUCGGUACUCGAUUAUGGUGCUAUAAUCUACAGUUCUGCAAAAAGUAAUACUCUCGACACCAUUAAUCCUAUACACAACCAAGGUAUACGUCUGGCAACUGGUGCUUUCAGGACUAGCCCGGUAGAUAGUAUCUUGUGUAAUGCUGGUGAACUGCCUCUUGAACUUAGACGUCAUACUCAGAUACUAAAAUUCAUAUCAAGAAUCAAAAGUAUGCCCAAUCAUAUAGCCAGUAAGAUACUCCAUAAUCCUCUCCCCCACAACUCUUCCAACUACAGGAAUACAAUUUUUGAAUAUUUCAAAAUUACCAGUGAAAAUCUCGACCUCCAAACUCAAACAUUGAGCAAAGUACAACUCCCGUCGCCCCCUUGGCUCUGGUCUCCGGAUAUCAACACUCAACUUACCAACUACUGCAAACACUCUACUAACAGCACUAUCAUCCGCAAUCUUUUCUCGGAAAUAAUGUCCCAACAAUACUCCAGCAGUACACACAUAUACACUGAUGCAUCCAAAAACUCUAAUGGAGUGGGUUUUGCAACAAUCAUAGGUCAUGAAAAUCAUAAAUUCUCACUUCCUCCUAGCACCAAUAUAUACACAGCUGAAGCUUAUGCCAUCUUUGAAGCUCUGAAAAUCGCCUCCUCCUUAAAUUCAGAUUCUUUCACCAUCAUAAGCGACUCUUUGAGUGCUUUAAUAUCUAUCUCAAAUCCAUACCCCAAGAAUGAACUAGUACAACACAUCCAAAAACAGAUAUCUACCUCUAACAAAACUUUCUCUUUCAUGUGGGUCCCCUCUCACGUCGAAAUUUCUGGCAAUGAAAGAGCAGAUAAAUCUGCAAAUGAAGCCACACUUCCUCAAAAUGCCUUAGAAAUAAACCUAACUACAUCCUCAGAAUUGCUGGACAUCAUUAACACCAAAAUCUCUGACACAUGGCAAACUAAAUGGAACAGAGUCCCGCUAUCAAAUAAACUGAGAAACAUCAAGCCCUCCAUAAAAAAAUGGAUUUUUCCCUGUAACCUCAAAAGAAGGGACGAGGUCAUUAUAACCCGGGCUAGAAUAGGCCACACUCAUCUCACCCACUCAUUCCUCAUCACCAAGGAUCCUGCUCCACUAUGUGACGCAUGCAACGAGGACCUGUCGAUCGACCACAUUGUCACUAGAUGUCCAAAAUACGCUGCAGCUCGGAAAAUAUUCAAAGAUUCGUCUUCUCUCCAACUUGCUCUCAGCGAAGAAAACACAGAAGCUAUAUACAAAUUUUUUUAUCUUAUACAUUUAAACAAUAAGUUGUAAAUAUUCAUAACUUUACAUUGUAAUAACUCUCUGCAGGCUAAUAACCUAAGCUGUUGAAGCCUUAUCAUUAAUAAAAAAAAAAAAAAAA